GUAUCAAGGUCCUGUUCUCCAAUCAAGAUCGGCAGAGGAAGCUCCUGAGCAGAAACGGCACUGAUACGCGAGCGGAUAGGUUGACGCGUGUCAGUGCUCUCGCAGCGUUACUAGGACAAGUUCAAGUUCUUCUUCUUGAAUUGAAGCAUCUUGGCCGCUUCCGCUUCAUUGCCGCGGCAGGUGUCUUGAACCCGGCUACGUUUACUCGGCUCUUGAUCAGUGGGCAGCGAUUGGGUGAGUAGCGGUGGCAGGUUGCACACAAUUCGCGCGUACCUGCUCAAAAAUGCUACAGCUCGGUCACCGAUAGUUCAAACCGGUACAGGAACACAUGAAGAAGGACGCGCAAGAAAAAACGUUAUCUAUAGAAGAGUAUCUUUCAUGUGAAUUUUUAUAUUCUCAGUUGAUACGUAAGUCGGCAAAACCACUUUGACUUGUAGUGCUUAUCCUAAGUGAAUAUUUUGUUAGUUUUUAGUGUCAUGAUCAAGUAUAUUAUUGUUUUGUUUGCGCUAAAUUUCGGUCAUGAAUUCAAGAGAAGCUCUUCACUGGCAUGGCCGUCCCCCUCAGCCAGUCUCUCCAGGAUAGCUAAAGUUCUAAACUUUUUUCCUGUGCCUGUUAGUGAUGAAUGUUUAGCGAGUGAUGGACGAAGAACAGGGGUGUGCUUGAAUGCUUACGAAUGUCGCAUCCAGAGUGGAAAUCCCAUGGGCCAAUGCGCCCUCGGGUUUGGUGUCUGCUGUGUGUUUAUAGCAUCGUGCGAUGCAGAAAUAUCAAAUAACGUCACUUACUUUGUGAGUCCAGAGUUUCCUGGUCUCACAAAAACAGCUCAGCCGUGCUCUAUCAAGGUGAAGAAAAUUGCACCUGAGAUCAGCCAAAUUCGACUCGACUUCGUACACUUCAACCUGGCUCAGCCAAAUAGAAGAACCGGUGUCUGUGAAUCAGAUAUAUUCAGCAUUCUUGGUGGGACAUCGAUUGGAUUGAAGCUGUGCGGUCAGAAUAGCGGGCAACAUAUUUACUACGAUGUGGAGUCAGCAACUGAACCGAUUUCAAUACUGAUGAAUCUUACCAGCAACAAUCUGUACAGGAUGUGGGAAAUCAGGAUAUCUCAGAUAGUAUUCAACCAACAAGCACCAGCAGGUUGUACACAAUAUCACCAUGGAAUCAAUGGUAUCAUCCAAACUAUGAACUAUGCAGUGAAUGGACGUCAUUUGGCUGAUCAAGACUACCUGGUUUGCAUGAGGCAAGAACACAAUAUGUGCUCGAUUGUGUAUGAACCAUGUGAUGAAAAUUCGUUCAGGAUAGGUCCUCCACUCCUAGCAGAUGAUCCUGGUGGGUCAGGUGACGGACCAUUACCACCUAUUCUAGCCAGUCCGGCACAAACGUAUGCCAGUAGGCCCAACGGUCUCGACCAAACGAGGCAGUGCAAUGACAGGGUUCUCAUGCCUUGUGAUUCCGAGGAGUUUCUCAACCCAGCUGGUGGCCCCAGCUCUUGCGAUCUGUUACAUUGUGGGAAUACAUUUUGUACUGCUGGUGAAUAUCCUUGCCGAAUUGAAAGUAGUAUAAGACCAUUCAAUAUCAGAAUCCAGUUUGGGCCCGGCGUACAAAAUGAAAAUCCUGACGAUAAUCUUGGAAUGUGCUUGAAAUAUCAACAACAGCCUUGCAGUACAUGAACAUCAUUGAACUUUAGAAUGUUCUUACUGCUAGUUCCCAAACUUGUCCCAUUCUCUAAAGUUUCUCCCCAACUAUAAAAAUUCCUCUCGUUCAAAUUAUUCUCAUUUGAAUAUUUUUCGUCUUUUUAACCUUCAAUCACAAUUCCACAGAAAUUCUCUUAUCCAAUACUGCAUAAACUAUUCAUCAACAAAUGUUUCAUCCAAAUACUGUAUUCUAUUAUUGCCCAAUGUAAUUUUGAUAUUGUUACACUUCUUCAACUACUUCUAUUCUCUGAUAAUAAAAACAAUGAUUUUUAAAAGUUGUACAUUCAAUUAUGUUUCUUCCUUAUUUAAUAUUAUCCAACGUUGACUAGCCAUGAGGAAAGAUAGAUGUGAUUAUUAAAACUGUCCAUUCUGUUCAAGUUUUUAUGAAUUGUUUGUUCCAGUAAAUCUAAUAAAUUUUGGAUUUGAGCAGUUUCAAAAAAUAGUAUUUUAAUAUAUUGCAUUAUUAACAUUAUUAUUGGAAUUCAAUAAUUAUGGUAAAUUCUCAUUAUAGCUGAAUUGCCCCGAUCUUGUUAUAGUAAACGCAAAUUGGAGAGGCCUGGGAGAGGCGGGUGAUGGUGGCUCCAUCUAUGAGUGAAAUUGGUAAAUUUCAAGCUGUAAAAAAAGCUCAAACUGUUCGUCUGCUUUGUUUACAUUUGAAAUGUCAUCAUAACCUGACUUCUUAUUAAAAAUAUUUUAAAUUUAGUCAUACAUUUAUUGUUACUUUAAGCAUUCACUGAGCCGUUGUAAUUGGACAAGUGACGAGUAUUUGUUGUUUUUCUUUAAAACAUGAAUAAAGUCUGAUUUCAAAAAUGUUAAAAUCAAUUAAAUAUAUAUGAUUGACACCUCUCCAAUAUUUAGAAUAACAUAAUUAUGCAAGCUAAACCUUGAAAUUUACCAAUUUCACUGGUGCCACAAUCACCCGCCUCUCCAAUUUGCGUUGACUAUAAUAAAUUAUGCAAUAAUUUUUCUAUAAAUUUAGUCUUUGGAAACGGUCUGAAUUAUAUCUAUAAAUAUUUUAUGACAUUAAAAUACUGAUUUUAAAUACAUUAUAUUGAUCACUCUUAGUAUAACUAAGAAAACUUUAUCUAUUCUUGAUCAAUGGAAAGGAUCUCUCAAGUCCUAAAGUAUGAGAAAAAUAAACUCAAACUCUGUGGAUUUGGUUUUUAAAUUAUUUAUUGCUAUCCAAAUAACAGAUCUGCAGAUUUCAUUAGAGAUUAUUCCCAUCGGGUCAUCGUUAACAAAAUUUGAUAUUAAACUUAUUUCAAUUUCCUUACACAUAUUUUCACCGUACCAUUCCACAUAAUUGAUGAUCUGUUGCUUUUAUACUACCGUAUUCCUCAACGGCAAUAGAAAAUUCUGACUCUUAUAUUGUCUAUCCAAUGAGUAUCUUUUGAAAAAUUUGUUUCGAAAACAAUAUCAAUAUCAAAAUUCAAUCUGUAGAAUAUUCCAUCAUUUAUUCAAAUCUUUGAUUCGAUAUCCUACUUCAAUUAAAAUAUUCUAAUCAUUUGAAUUUUUAUGAAGAUGUAUUUCAUCUUUUUGUUAUUUGUAGGAAUUCAUCCAUGUUUUGUUAUCUUCCAAUCCCACUUUUCUUAAUAGUUCUAAAUUAUAAAUCUCAAAUCGAUGAUUGUUAUUCAUGCAAAUUCAACUCUCCAAUUACUGCUUUUUCAUGUGCCUUUUCAUUUGCAUCUAAACUUUUAUCAUUUGUCAGUGACAAUUCAAUAUUUUGAGUAGGACUCUGUUCUGCCUCUCUUUUACUCUUCCCUGAAUGUUCAUCUUUCGAAUUGUCACCUGUAGUGACAGAUUGCAUGCCUACUUUUCCUGAAUCAUCAAUAGGUUUAUCAUUCUCUUCUAGAGCAACGUCUCUUCUAAUAGAUGUACCUGAAUUUUGAACUGAUUGUUUAUUAUCUUUCAACUCACCUAUCAUUUCUGCAUCAUUUGUAAAUCCGCUCUUAUCAUUAGAUUGAGCAGAGCUGUGCAAAUGCUGACUCAAACUACCAAUAGAAUCUUCCAUAUCUUCAUUACUUUUCAAAUUAGUUUGGCUGUCAAAUAUAGAAGGCAAACUCAGAGAUGACUUCUGGAAAUUAUCUAUAUUCCUUAUCAAGUUUAUCAAGCUGUUCAUAUUUCCUGAAGAUUGUGAGCUCAUCAACAUAUCAGUUAAAUUUCUGUAAAAACUAUUUAAAUUAUUUGUUUCCAUGUUGGCUGAUGUUUUAUCAUCCUUCUCAAGUUGUGGUCGUGAUUUAGCUAAAUCUCCUUCAUAAUUUAUCUUACAGUCAUCUACAGUUCCUUCCUCAUCUAAUGAAUCAAAACUAUCCUCUUCCAAUAUUCCUGGGCUGACAGGUUCAAACCCCAAUUUAUCCUUCAAAUCAAUCAGUCCGAAAUAGUUCUUCAAAUUCUUGAGAAGCAUCUGUUGUUCCCCAUCUCCACGUAUUUGGUUGUUAUCAUUUUCUUUGAAAUCGUAAAUAUUUUUAUCAUGUUUCAUGUCUGAAGAAAUUUUGUCAAGAACUUGUAGAAUAUCAUCAAUUGACAUCAUAGUUUCAUGAUGCUUUUUCUGGAACGGUGAUUGACCCUUAAGUUUUUGAGACUUUGAUUGGCCGCUGUAAUACCUAUCAUGCAGACCAUUGGAUAUUACAUUUUUCUCUCUCAAUUCAAUCCUGUUACUUGUGUAUUGUCGCCGCUUAGUUGAUGGAAAUCGUUCAGUGGUAUACUUUGGUGUCUCAAAUGUCUGGAGAUCUUUGAGACUGUUCUCUUCAUUUCCAAUAGAAUCGUCCUCAUCAUUAUUCUCAUCGUUUGAAUCUUCAUUUGCCUCGGUUACAUCAAUUUCUCCAAGCUUUUCAUUUUUUGGCUGGACAGGUUUGGUUCUCCAACUUUGUUUUUGUUGAUAUCUAUUUUCAAAACUAGGUUUUUUCAUCAUUAUUCCAAGUGAUUGCUUCAACUCAUUCAGUAUAUCUUUUUCACUUUUCGAUUUAUGCCCAAGACUACUGUCGAACAGAGUUUUAGGUGUCAUCUCUUCGUUUCUUUCUUGAUUUGAACUAUGCAUUUUGAAUUUUGAGAUUCUUGAAUUCAUUGAUGAUUUAUCCUUUUUCUGUGUGGGUUUCAUCCAAUCUGAUUCGCUUUGCAUAAGGUCCACAACUAGGGGAAUAUUCACAGUUCCAUUCAUGUUCUUAGAUAUUCCAUUGAUAAAUGUUCCAAUCAUAUCCCCGGGAGCUCCCAGCUUUCCUAACACAUCUUCCUUUAAUAGAAGAGCUGGAAUCGAUUCACUGGAAC